UUCACAGGAAACCAAGCCUAAAACAGGCCAGGGAGGAGCCUCCUGCCGAAGGACACGGCUUAGCAUUGAGAAUAAUUCUACCCACGGCCUCACGGAUCACCAGCUCCUGCAGCCUCCGAGAUGUCCCCUCAGACUCCUGCGCAGGAGACCAACAUCUCAGCCUGGGGCCUUUCGCACUCCCCGCGCUGCUCAGGCUGAGCUGAGGGUCCCUCUCCUUCGCCCGGUGCCACGAGCUAUGAACAGGCAGAGCAAUAGAAGGGCAAUGAUAGAAGGAUCCAGUGAUCUGAAAUUCCAGAACUUGGCUCUGCUGAAAAAUAGGUCAUGGCCUCGAGUCAGCAGAGCCGCAGGCCAGCGCCAGCCCAUCCCCGAGCCUCCACUGAACUGCGAAAGGAGCUUCCCCGCAGACCCGGAUGAAGCAGAGGGCCGGGGGGAUGACGACUAUGAGGACCCCAAUGUUCAUGUGGCAGAGGGUUGGCAGUGGAUGAAAAUCCUGCCCGCCCGGCCCAUCAAGGAGUCUGAAUAUGCAGAUACUCGCUAUUUCAGGGGUGUGGUGGACACUCCCCUUUCCUUAGGUGACAAGAUUUCUAUCCCUGAUGAGGGGCAAACCUGGACCACACAGGAAAAAGGGGACAAACCUACUACCAAGGACAUCAGGAGCCAACAUGCUAAAGGAGACAAGCCCUCCAUGAGAAACAAGACUCCCUUACCACCUCCUCGGCUGCCUGUCACUCUUCCGAAGAAGUACCAGCCCCUGCCCCCCGAGCCAGAGGGCAAUGUGUCCCCCUCCCUGCAGAGGCACCCCUUCCCCGAAGCCCAGAGGGCGCCCAGACUGAUAACCUUAAAGAACUUAAAUGAGGUCCUGGGAGCAGAGAAAGCUCCUCAUCCCCCGACGAAGCCGGAAUCCUCUCACGGGACCCAAAACCAAAGUGCUCCAGAAGUCCCUCUUGCUGUCGCCAGCUCUUCGUUCAUGAUGAGCAACCACAGUAUGCAAAGCAGAGAUCGUAAAGAAAGCACGCAUUCCCAUCCUCCUCAGAGAUGUCAGUCUCCAGUCAUCUGUGGCCCUCGGGAAUAUGCUCUUCAUUAUAAAAACAUCUGCUGGAGGAAGCCUUUCUCCACAAGGUCUGAUGAAGAGGAGGACCAGCCCAGUGAAUGGUACGUCGGAGAGUACAGUCGCCAGGAGGUGGAAGAGGCCUUGAUGAAGGAGAACAAGGACGGCACGUUCCUGGUCCGAGACAGCUCGGCCAAGUCCCACACAGAGCCCUACGUGCUGGUGGUGUUUCACAGGAACAGAGUCUACAACGUGAAAAUCCGCUUCCUGGAGAGGACUCGGCAGUUUGCCCUGGGGACGGGACUCCGAGGAGACGAAAAGUUUGACUCGGUGGAAGACAUCAUUGAACACUUCAAGUAUUUUCCUAUUGUGCUGAUCGACGGAAAAGAUAAGACCCGGGCCCACAAGGAGCAGUGCUACCUGACGCUGCCCCUCCCUCUCAGCAGACUCUCCUCGCCUCCAUAGCCUGAUCUGCUUAUCUUCAGUCCACUGGAUCCCGGGCCUCUAUCACUUUUCACCUAUUUCCAAAGACUCUUCAUCUGGGGUUUUAAGGGAUCACAUCUUAGAUUUCGUAGAAAAGAAAAUCGUUCUAUUAUAUGAUGGGAAUUGGAAACUCAACCAUGGUUUUUGAAAUCUCAAACCACAGAACAAAUAUGUAUAAGCUGCCUAAAUCAAACUUAGCUUUUUAAAAAUAUCUUUUAGAAAUAUCUUUUAAAAAUAUCUCACGUUACAGAUAAGCAACAGAGGUUACAAGAAACUAUCGCUGGGAUGUUUGCAGCUGGCACAUGGCGAGUCUGGGGGAGACCCCCAAGUCUAUGCUCUUCCCAGGACCUCGUACGACCUUGUUUAUUUCAGAAAUGUUUGGACUUGUGAAUUUACAAUGUUUAGGGGAUCCCUUAUGCUGAAGGUGUUAGUGAAUGUCAGCUCUAUUUUAUUUGUCAUCCUGGCAAUUCAAUUACAGAG